GAUUUUGUUGUUGACUCUAAAGUCUGAUAAUUUCGUGUGGAAUCUAGGGGUGUUGCUGAAUGUCCCCUGCGCGCCGCUGAUGGGUAUUCAGACAGACUCUGCGGGUCAUUAUCUUUCCACAAACACCGCGAAAUGUAGUCCUGUGCAAAGGAUGGCUAUUUCCGUACAGUGGGGCUCUGUUUGAAAUUCCUCCCCCUCCGCCUUUGUUGUGCACAGCGAGGGGCGGGAAGACAAACAGGUCUACAUGUAUAAAGAGAUCACCCCAGGACUUUUUUGAGUCAGGAGGCAUCCGAGCAUCGUGCCGAAACUGUCUGGGAAACUUUGGGAUACCCACGCCGUUUGGACUUUGUCACUUUUUACUACUCAGCAUAACAUAAGGGAUAUCUUUUUUUUUUGUUUUCGUUCUUUCUCUAUGUUUGUUAAAGAAUUGAAGAGAAGUAUCAUGCAGAUGCCCCUUGCGCACCAUAUUUUGGCUGUGCAGCUCUUUCUGUUUGGAUACUGCGGAGACGUUUACGCGGGAGCAGUCCUGAUGAAUUCCAACGCGAUUAAAACCUUACCCGCUGCGGGGAAAGGUGCAGACACCGUCAGUCCAAGUCCGCGCACCUCACCGCCUGGUGGCAUGGGACACAAAUUACCCUCUGACACCUUGCAGCAGUCAGGUGCUUGCACAGAUGACGAAGACUGCGGAGGUGAUGAGUUCUGCAACGACGCCCGGGGUGUUUGUCUGCCGUGCCGUAAGUGCCGGAAGCGCUGUGUGAGGGACUCCAUGUGUUGCGCAGGAAACCGCUGCAUCAAUGGUGUUUGUCAGAUAAAUGACAUUCACAGCUCAGACUUAUCUGUCACCCCUGGCUGGAAUAAACACAACAACACCAUGGAGCAUCAAGGAAAGAGGACACCCACAGCCUCUGGCUUCCAACCGAACGCUGUCAAAGGCCAGGAGGGUGAUGCAUGUCUGAGAUCCACAGACUGCUCCGAGGGUCUGUGCUGUGCCAGGCACUUCUGGUCCCGCAUCUGCAAGCCUGUGCUGACAGAGGGCCAGGUGUGCACACGCCACCGCAGGAAAGGCAAUCAUGGCUUGGAGCUGUUCCAGCGCUGCGACUGCGGCGAGGGCCUAGUGUGCCGGGCAGAGAAAGGAGAGCGGGACCACGGAGUCAGCCGAGACCACGGAGUCAGCCGAGACCACGGAGUCAGCCGAGACCACGGUGUCAGCCGAGACCACGGUGUCAGCAGGACUGCAGCCCGGAACUUACACACCUGUCAGAGACGCUGACACAACCGCACAGGCGCAUAGACCCAGAGGGGCAUAAAAAACUCACACACAACGACACACAUCGAUAAAUCAGUGCAGACUCUGCAGACACUGACAAAUCCUCCACUUCCAAUCUUGUGUUUACCAAAAGAUGCUGACACACACACUCAUAUGCACACACACACACGCACAAGACACCCUCCACCUGAGACAUUCUUUCCUGCUAAAUUUGCUGACACCAACACAUCACCCGGAAGGAUGGACAUGAAUCUUGGAAAAACGAGACACCCGCAGGGACACAAAAUUGUGAGACCAGCGUCUCCGGUUCCCCGUCAACAGGUGAAGAAUCUGAAAUCAGGAAGUGACAUUCCAGAAGGAUUUGGGGAAUCGAUUCGUGUCGUCAGUGGCAGAGCUGCUUUUGUUUCUCUUUUAUGGAACUUUGAGCCACUGUUAUUGCAGUAAAUUACUGUAGUGUAAAUAAUAUCCUGUAGGUGGCACUUAUUUGUCCCACUGAAUUUUAAGUCAACACCAGUAUUAUAAAAAACAUGGUGCUGCAUGUUUUGUAAAUAUGUGAUAUAUAAAUAUAUUAAAAUAUAUUGUUUUAU